AUGAAAGCAGCGUUGUCAACAUUUGCACCCUUUACGGAAGCUACAGACCAAUUGAUGGGCCAAGAUCUCCAUGAUCAUCGGUGCGACUUGACAGUUCUUCUAGGGCUCUGUUACGCAGCGGAGACGAGGGCAGACACCGUUGCCACGUCCAGGAAGCUACUUACUACCCACAGAACCUUUGAGAAAUAUCUUCUGAAGUUUAACCGGCACAUACAACAAAUAUCCGGUCUUCGCGGCUCAAACUUUCGAGUAAUGUCCGGUCUUCGCGACUCCGACUUUCGAGUAAUGUCCGGUCUUCGCGACCCAGCGGAAUAUGUAUUGAAAGCAAAACAUAGAAGAGGCGGUCACAUCAUCAGAAGAAUCGACGAUAGAUGGACUAAAAAACGCUGA